AUGGCUCAUGCCGCCGCGUUGCUGCUCUGGCUUUUGCUCAUCGGAUCUCUAAACCUCGCAGCGUCGCUUCUUGACUUCCCAUCGCGCCUCGCCGAGGACAGGGACGUGAUCGGCAUCGAUCUCGGUACCACCUAUUCGCACGUCGCCGUCUACCAAGACGGCCAUGUCGUGGUCCUUCCCAACGAGGAGGGCAACCGGGCCACCCCGUCGCAGGUCGCCUUCAUCGUUGGCGGCGGGAGGCUCGUCGGCGAGGCCGCCAAGGACCAGCACGACGCCAAUACUAUCUAUGGCGCGGCCAAGCGCCUCCUGGGACGGCGGUUCAGCGACGAGGCCGUGCAGCGGGAGAUAGAACUCCUGCCGUUCCCCGUCGUUGAUAAGGACGAGAGACCGUACGUGCGAGUGCCGGUGGGGGGCGGCGGCGAUGACGUUCUCGUGCUCAGCCCCCAGGAGAUCGUCGCCGAAGUGCUCGCGAAGUUGAAGGGCACGGCGGAGGCCUUCCUAGGCAGGAAAGUCACCAAGGCGGUGAUCACCGUCCCGGCCUACUACAACGACGCGCAGCGGCAGGCUACCAGGGACGCCGGCGUCAUCGCCGGGCUCAAGGUCGUACGCAUGAUAAACGACCCCAGCGCUGCUGCCAUCGCGUACGGCCUGGACAAGGGCUACGACAAGAAGACACUGGUGUUUGAUCUGGGCGGCGGCACGUUUGACGUCACCGUUCUGCUCUUCGAGGAAGGCGUCUUUGAGGUCCUCUCCAUCAGCGGCGACUCCCACCUCGGAGGCGAGGACUUCGACCAACGCGUCACGGACCACUUCGUUGAGGUGAUCAAGCAGAAGCACGGCUGGGACAUCACCGGCGACAGCCGCGCGAUGCAGAGGCUGCGCCGGGAAUGUGAGCGGGCCAAGCUGACCCUGAGCAACCAGCACCAGGAGCGCGUCGAGGUCGAGGCGCUGUUCGAUGGAGUGGACUUCUCGGAGCCGCUCACGAGGGCGCAGUUCGAGGAGCUCAACGAAGACCUCUUCUUGAAGGCAAUGGCGCAGCUGCAGAAGGCCAUUGCAGAUGCCGAGCUGGACAAGAGCGAAAUCGACCACAUCAUCCUCGCUGGAGGCAGCACCAGGAUACCCAAGGUGCAGCAGCUCGUCAAGGAUUACUUCGACGGCAAGGAGCCUCACCGCGGGAUACACCCCGACGAGGCUAUGGCCUUUGGCGCCGCCGCCCACGGAAGCUAUCUGGCGGGACACGAUCGUGAGGAGCCACAUAUGAAUCGGUACUCGUUGUGGUCGGAGCCUGCGAUUGGCAUUGAAACGGACGGUGGCAAGAUGACGCCGCUGAUUCCGAGAAACCCGACCUUGCCGACGAAGAAGACGCACGUCCUCACCACGUUCUGGGACAAGCGGUCCACCGUCACCAUCAAGGUGUUUCAGGGCGACCGCAGCGAGACCCAGCACUGUACAUUGCUCGGUCAGCUCGAUCUCUCUGAUAUCCCCACCGCAAGGCGGGACAUCGAGGUGACCAUGGAGGUGGCGGAGGAGUAUGGCGGCAAGCUCCGCGUGGAGGCGACGGACCAGAGGUCCGGCAAGUCGGAGAGCGUCAUCAUCUACCACGGUGGCCGGCUGAGUCCGGAGGAGAUCGCUCGGAUGGUCCGCGAGGGGGAGGCGUGGCAAGCCCGAGACGAGCUGGAGGCGUACAUGCGCAGCAUCACGGACGGGGUCGACGGAAAGAUGGAGCCCGAGGAGGCGGAGAAGCUCGAGGAAGCGGUGAGCAAAGCGAGGGAAUGGCUUGACAUCAACCCGGUUGCCGAGAAGGAGGACUACGAGCAGAAUAUCAGGGAGCUGGCGGAGGAGUGCGACCCUGUCGUCUUGGCCGUGCACCAAAGGUUCCUCCGAGGUGUCCGUGAUCAUGAUGAGCUUUAG